AUGUCCGUUGCUCUGCCAGCCAUGUUUAGAGAUCAAGUAAACACGUCCAUGGCUAGAGGUGCUCAAGAUAACCUCUCCGGAAUGCUCUCACACUUGCAGUCUGCACCUCAGAAGUUGCGCUCCGAGUCGCCAAUUGCUCAGUCUUCUCCCGACGCUCGUCCCCCGGUUCUUACGUUGAAAAGAACCUACAGCGCUCAUGACCUGAUCGACUCAUCUGUUGUCAACACGAAUAUUCACAAAAGACCAUGUCUUCUCCUGCCUCCUUCUUCGGCAAUCCACUCGCUGUUUCUGGACCCCCUCGGCUCUCAACAGGGCUCCCUCGCCGAUGCCGCCGUUGUCGUUCCACAGCAGAAGGAGCAUGAAGAACCAAAGAUCACUUUGCCUAGCCUCAACGAUGCUUUGGCACACAUCGAACAAAAGCGUCAUUCAGCUCCCACUGUGUCUCAGGAUUACCCUGACACUUGUCAGCCACAUGACGAACAAUGGAGAUAUGGCCUCUUGGACACUAUUCGCAAAACCAAGCCCACUGAAAUAGCGACAGCGCCAGUUACAAAGCCGAAAUUGCCCUCGAUUCAAGAGCUUAACUCCCGCGAGAAGCCAUUAUUUGAUUCUCGUGUGGCUCACAAAGGUCUUCCCGCUUUCCCAGUCCGCAAGGUCAACUUCCCCUACGAAUCCAAUUAUACGUAUUUAAAUCAAACCUACAUGAAAGACGUGGAACAAUAUCCUGAGUAUUUGGAACUCGCACAAUCCCUUGUUCUGCUUUCAAGACCACAACCCCAAACCAACCCUCUGGUUUACGCAUACAAUGCUGGAUCAAGAAAUCCUGGAUUGCGUAUUCAAACCCAGCACUACCAACAACACCCACAACUGCAUGCUCAACAUUUUCCAUACGCCCAGGAGGCUCAUCUUAACAAAACUAUGAUGCAACAUGGUCUCCCUACUCCUCAGCUUGCUACCUUCAGUGCACCAAUGGCUUAUGCUCAAGGGUACAUUCCAGCUCCAAAGUCUGCGCCUUUGCCUAGCAUCUCACAGAUUGCUUACGGCACGCCAGACAGUAGCUUCGAAACCAAACCUCCAUCGCCAUCUGGUUUGAGAAAGGAAAAAUCUUUCUCUGGACAUCCGGUCUCAGUUAACAUGAACAAUAUGCAAUCGAAUGGCCGCACGAGAUUUAUUCCUAUCACUCCUCCUUCUGUCAAAAACAAGACUAGAUCGGAGUUGAUGAAAAGUCCAUCAAGGGUUCCACCAGCACUUCCACGCAUGUGCAUCUCCUGCGGUUCUGACCUGUCUCCAUGUUGGAGACCUUCGUGGUCUCCUAAGGAGGGCCAGUUGUGCAACUCCUGUGGUCUUCGAUACAAGAAGACUGCUGCGCGUUGUCUCAAUGACCAAUGUCGCAGGAUACCCGCCAAAGGAGAGUGGAACUCUAUGGUCAGUAAGGGCAUGGCUCUUUACGAUGGCGUAGAAGCCUACAGUUGUUUAGGUUGUGGUUACAAGGUCGAGACGAAGUAG